AAUCAAAUUAAUCUAGAAUGUGAAAAGCUGUUUCAUAUUUGCAGUGAUCCAUCGUAUUUAAAUCGAAUAUGGGAUAACUAUUUAGAAAUAUCUAGUAUUUUAGAAAAAAUUAAAAAAUUAGAAGAAACAGAAGUGAAAUCUUUAGAAAGAAUCGAUGUAAUUGAAGAAUUUAUCAGCUGGUUAAAACAACAUGAUGCUAAAAUGUAUGGUAUAAGCAUUUGUGAAUUUCCUAAUUAUGAUUUAGGAUUAAAAGCUGAAAUUGAGUUUAAAGAGAACGACAUCAUCCUUGAAAUCCCAAGAAAGUUAAUUUUUAAUGUUCACACUGCGGCGUUUGAAAUAAAAGAUAUUCAAAAUGAUAUAUUAAUUAAAAAUAUGCCGUAUAUAGGCUUAGCAAUCGCUCUUUUAAUAGAAAAAAAUAAAGAACAAUCGAAGUGGAAACCUUAUUUAAAUAUUCUCCCUAAGAAUUACAAUACAGUAUUGUACAUGAAUAUUAAUGAUAUGAUGGAGUUAAAAGACAGUCCGAAUUUUGAUGCAGCAUUAAAGCAAUGCAGAAAUAUAGCAAGACAAUAUUCCUAUUUUAAUAAAAUUUUUCAAAAUUCUAAGAAUUCAGUGUCUGAAUUAUUGAGAGAUACAUUUAGUUAUGAAGAGUACCGAUGGGCAGUAUCAACCGUUAUGACUAGACAAAAUAUAAUUCCAAGCGAAGACAAUUUACAAAUGAUUCAUAGCUUAAUACCAAUGUGGGAUUUGUGUAAUCAUGAACAUGGAAAAAUUACAACAAAUUUUAAUAUGAAUACUAAUUGUUGCGAAUGCUAUGCAAUGAAAAAUUUUAAAAUGGGUGAUCAAAUUUUUAUACAUUAUGGAUCUCAAAGUAAUUCUGAAUUUUUCAUACAUUCAGGUUUCGUUUAUAACAACAAUAAAAAUGAUAGUUUUAAACUUCGUCUUAGUAUAAGUAAAGUGGAUGCUUUACAAAAAGAGCGAAAAUCUCUACUUUUAAAAGUAGGUUUAUCAUCAGUUAAUGAAUAUUUAAUAAAACCCGAAUCAGAGCCAAUUUCUUCACAAUUACUCGGCUUUCUUCGUAUACUCAAUAUGAAUAAAAAACAACUUGAUUACUGGAUAAAAUCUAGUGAAACGUCGGAUCUUAUGAACCCAAAAAGUGUAUAUUUUGAAGCUCUAGAUAAAAAUGUUUUAAAAUAUAUUGUAACGAGACUCAAACUUUUAUUAUCAAAGUAUCCGUCAUCAGAGCAGAAUGAUGUUAAAUUAAUUGAGAACACUUCGCAAAAUUGGAGUAAACUUGUAUUACGAAUGAGAUUAUGCGAAAGAAACCAUCAGAAUGGUUCGAAGACCAAGGUAGUUGGAUUAGACCGUACCACCGGUUUAAUGUUGUUGUUACCGAUCGUUAUGAGAAUUGUUGAGAUCGUCGUGAAUUUAACAGUUGGCAAUAACUGUAAAACAUCGUCCCGGUGUGCAAGUCGCCAGAGACGUGUGGCCAUGGGCGCUCUCAUUGGCGAUAUGAAUUGUGAGGACUAUCUAGUCAAUGUCGGUGGCCUCUUUAGCGGUCUGAUAACAAUCAAGUUGCAAAGUCCUGACCGAGGAUGUCGGCACUGUGUCACAAUAAUAACGGCAUCACCGGAAUUCCCAGACAGUAUCGGCAGCUUCUUCUACGGUCUGAUAAUAAUCAGGUUACAGAAACCCGGCUGA